AGGGACAGAGCAGAGGGAGGGAGUAUAAAAGGUCAGCUUUAGUUUGGUGCAAAGUCAGGUCACGAAGAAUUUGGUAAAGACACAGAGGGAUAAAUAACUACUUGACAAGUAGAUCAUGACUGACUUUGACAUGGUUCUGAAGUUCUGGGACCCAGUGGAGGCCGACUACAACGGCUACGGGAGCCUGGUUCUGAACCGUUUGUUCAAAGAGCACCCCAACAGCCUGCAGCACUUCCCCAAGUAUGUCGGCAAGUCCACGAGCGAACUGGCCACCAGCCAGGAGGUUGCCAACCACGGCGGCAUCGUGCUGAAGAAGCUCGCCGAGCUCCUGAGGGCUAAAGGAAACCACGCCGCCAUCGUCAAACCUUUGGCCACCACCCACGCCAACAAGCACAAGAUCCCGCUUGAGAACUUCAAGAUGAUUUCAGAGAUCAUCGUGAAAAUCAUGGCGGAGAAGACAGGACUCGAUGCCGCCGGGCAGCAAGCCCUGAGGAACGUGAUGGCUGCUGUCAUCGCCGACAUCGGUGCCAACUACAAAGAGCUGGGCUUCGACCAGUAAACGCACGAGUCACGUCGGGGUCGAAUGACAUCUUCCUACGCGCGUGACCUUCUUGAAAAUGAUCCUAUUCGUCCUCUGCAUACGUAAACGAGCUGAUUUGCAAAUGAAAUGAAAUCCAUUAGAGAUAAAGAACAUUAAAGUUCACGAAGUUUGCUUUUUUUUGUGCAGCAUUAGAUCAAAUUAGACGGCGAUGGCUUUUUUUUUUUUGUUCUGUUUGUGUGUCCACUCCUGUAACAACUCAUUAAUAAACAUGUUUACUUCAGCUACAUGUGAUUGCAAUCUCGUUCAACAACAUUCUGUAAACUCCUGUCAAAUAACACCAAUAAAAAUCUAUCGCUGUACUCUAAA